AACGACAAGUGAUCCGGUUAUUGCAGGCUCUCCUCACUGACAGAUUUUGGGUCAUUAUUUUCCUAGAAGAUGCCACAGUGGGGUGGUGGAGCCAAGUGCGCUGCCUGUGACAAGACAGUCUACCAUGCUGAGGAGAUUCAAUGCAACGGCAGAAGUUUCCACAAAAUCUGCUUUAUCUGCAUGAACUGUAGAAAAGCCCUGGACAGCACAAUAGUGGCUGCACACGAAGCUGAGAUCUACUGCAAGGCUUGCUACGGCAAGAAAUACGGACCAAAAGGCUAUGGCUAUGGCCAAGGUGCUGGUACCCUUAGCUCUGAGACCCUGGAGAGUCCUGGCACCCAUCGUGAGCAGGCUAAGCCUCUUCAUUCUGCAAACCCCAGCUCCUCCAAAUUUGCCCACAAAUUUGGUGGCGCUGAAAAGUGCCCACGAUGCAGUAAAUCUGUGUAUGCAGCCGAGAAGGUGAUUGGUGGAGGAAAGGCAUGGCACAAAACCUGCUUCCGCUGUGCACUGUGUGGUAAGAGUUUGGAGUCUACCACAGUCACCGACAAAGACGGAGAAAUUUACUGCAAAGCUUGUUAUGCGAGGAACUUUGGUCCGAAAGGACUGGGACAUGGACAGUUUGGCGGAGCGUUACCCAGCACAGAUUGAAUCAAUACUUUCUGUUACCUGUCUUCAACUUCUCUCCUCCCUUCUUCAACCACCCCUCACCCCCAUUUAAACCAAUACUCCUCCUAGGAAAACUGGGAAAGCAUUUGUACUAACAUAUAACCAUCUUCAUUUUUCAAAACUCAGUCACUUUCACAGUGAAACAUUUGAAAUGCUGAAUGCUAUAAGUGGUCAAUAGAGGACAAGGUCCAACAUAUUUACAGAUCCACUGUAAAACAAUGAUAUCAACAUGG